AUGCUGUUCAAGGGCUCGGACGGGACUAUCCCGGCCUCAUGGGCCUGGAAAAAGAUGAUGCGCUUUGUGGUCAUUUUCCUCGCGGUGGCGGGUUUCGCCGCCUUGCUCUGGCCUUCGUCCAAGCCCAAGGGUCUCGCCCCGAUGCGCGCCCAGUCUAACAUCACCAUCUCCAGCAACGUCAAGUGUGACCCGGACGAGGACGUAUUGCAUCGGCUGGAUAUCAGUAAACUGGCAGCAUACACCCGCCGGGAACUCGUCGUGGAUUUCACGGAAGAACCUGUGACCAUGAAGCAACGGGUCGACUUACCGCUGCUGAAUGUCAAGUCGAAGUCGAGACCAACCGAGAUGACCAAUGAGCUUGGAGAGCCGCAGGACGGCUGCUCGAUCCCAACCCCAAUCCCGGUCCAAGUCCCCCCGCGUCCGAAAGUCGUGGACGCCUCACACAUCGACUUUGGAGUGGCGACCACGAUAUCUCGGUUGAACGAAUCCCUUGAUCAGUUUGUCCACUGGGCGGGAUAUUCGCGCACCCGUAUCUUCGCUCUGAUCGAGCCCGAUGAAAGUCAGACAGGGGUGUCCUAUGUCAAGGCCAAGGCCGAUGCCCUGGGGAUCAACCUCUUCAUCACCGAAUCGGACGAUGACUACCUGCACCGAUACUUCGCCCUGAUUCCUCUUUUGGAAGAAAACAUGCGCGAAAGCACCCAGUGGGGAUGCAUCAUUGACGAUGACACUUUUUUCCUCUCGAUGCCUGCGUUGGUCGAUGCCUUGAAGAGCUAUGACCAUACUAAACCCAUGUACAUUGGCGGUUUGUCAGAGGGCAUGCCGCAGAUUGCUGUAUUUGGCAUGAUCGCUUUCGGAGGCGCUGGCGUCUUCUUGUCGCGACCACUAAUGACCGAACUAGUCACCGUCUAUGAUGAGUGCGAGCGAAUGACCUUCACAGGUGACCGCCGUAUUGGCAACUGCGUAUACCAAUACACCACCACCCGCCUGACGGUCGAUCACCGACUCCAUCAGUUGGAUCUGAUGAAGGAUGCCUCUGGAUUUUUCGAGUCCGGUCGUGAACUCCCGCUCUCGGUGCAUCACUGGAAGUCAUGGUUCACCGCUGAUAUGCCCAAGCUCGGCGUCGUGUCCGAUCUAUGCGGUGAUACAUGCCUCUUGCGACAGUGGCAAUUCAGCGACAAUUGGAUAUUGACCAACGGUUAUUCCAUUGUCCAGUAUACUUUCACUCCGGAGCCGAAUGACCGUAGCAUAGAGAUGACUUGGGAACCGCACAAUGGCGCCACCGAGGAGUCAUACCUGCACGAGCUGGGACCUCUCCGCCGCAAGGACGACAAUAAAAUAAGCUACCUUCUGGCGGACGCGAAGAUCGAGGAUAACGGCCGUAUAACCCAAUGGUACAUUUUACGCGACAAGCGCGACGGAGACAGUGUUAUUGAACUCUCAUGGCGCAAGCGUUAA